UUUUUGUUUCAGUGUCCAAUACUCUCACAACAACAACGUCUGGAAAGGUUACAGCCGUCCUCACACCAAAACAGAAAAGGAAAAUGAGAAAAAAGGGAAGGCAUAGUUUACUUUCUCAGCAUUGGCUCUGAAUUAAUCACUAGAACUAGUAUCUGGGCAAUGGAAAGCAAGAGUUCCGGAGGCGGAGAAGGAAAGGUUGUAUGUGUAACAGGGGCCUCUGGUUUCAUAGCUUCAUGGCUUGUUAAGAUGCUACUUCAACGUGGUUACACUGUCAAUGCCACUGUUCGCAACCUCAAGGAUGCGAGUAAAGUGGAUCACCUGUUAGGCCUUGACGGAGCUAAAGAGAGGCUGCAUCUUUUCAAAGCUGAGUUACUUGGUGAGCAUUCGUUUGAUCCUGCCGUUGAUGGUUGUGAAGGUGUCUUUCAUACAGCAUCACCUGUUUCUCUCACAGCUAAAUCCAAGGAGGAACUUGUAGACCCUGCUGUGAGCGGAACAUUAAACGUCCUUAGGUCAUGUACCAAAUCAACAUCUGUUAGAAGAGUGGUCAUAACCUCUUCUACCGCUUCUGUUAUUUGCAAUAAAAACAUGUCAACCCCUGGAGCUGUAGCUGAUGAGACUUGGUAUUCAGAUGCAGAACUCUGUGAGGAAAGAAAGGAAUGGUAUCAACUCUCCAAAACCUUGGCUGAGGAAGCUGCUUGGAAAUUUGCAAAGGAGAAUGGGUUGGACUUGGUUACACUUCAUCCAGGUCUAGUCAUCGGUCCACUUCUGCAGCCUACGCUCAAUUUCUCGUGCGAGGCUAUAGUGAACUUCAUAAAAGAAGGAAAAGAAGCAUGGUCUGGCGGAAUAUAUAGAUUUGUCGAUGUUAGGGAUGUUGCUAAUGCACAUAUACUAGCAUUUGAGGUCCCUUCAGCAAAUGGAAGAUAUUGUUUAGUUGGGGUAAAUGGAUAUUCUUCUUUGGUUUUGAAGAUUGUACAAAAGCUUUACCCUUCCAUCACUCUCCCUGAGAAUUUUGAAGAUGGAUUACCUCUUAUCCCAACCUUCCAAGUAUCAAGCGAAAGAGCAAAAAGUUUAGGCGUCAAUUUCACAUCUCUUGAGUUGAGCGUGAAGGACACUGUUGAAAGCUUGAUAGAGAAGAACUUCCUCAAGAUUUGAACAAGCAGUAGGUGAAUACAUUGAAACAUUGUUCAUCUAUUGCCAAAUUUAGAGCCUGCUGCUCUUGGAGUUUCCACACAUUUUAUUGUACUUGGUGUCAAAGGAGCUCCUGGCUCUGGAUUUCUCUGAUGUUAUGUCAAUUUACUUACCUGGAUUCUACUUGUUGCAUGUUGGUUCAACGAGCAUAUAGAAAGAAGAGUAAUCAAAUUUAUCUUUCCUUCUA